AUGGCCAAAAACCAAGACUCUGAGAGAGUCUCAGUUUCAGCACCACCCCAACCGCAAAGACCAGUCAUAACACUGCCACCGAGGCCUUCCGCUGAGGCCCUUUUCAGCGGCGGAUCUGGAGCCAGCCCGGGUCCGAUGACGCUGGUCUCAAGCUUCUUCCCCGACACAUACCCUGACUCAGAGUACAGGUCCUUCUCUCAGCUCCUGGCCGGAGCCAUGGGCUCGCCUAUGGGGUCCACAAGGCCAAUCCAAUUUAACGAAAACCCAGUUGAUGGUUCGGCCCAAUUAGAAGGAGGCUCUGAAAAUGGCGGUGAGAACAAGUCUGGGUUUAAGCAGAGUAGGCCUAUGAAUUUGAUGGUGGCUCGGUCGCCAUUGUUCACUGUUCCACCUGGAUUGAGUCCCUCUGGGUUGCUUAACUCGCCUGGCUUCUUUUCACCUCCGAGUCCAUUUGGAAUAUCACACCAGCAGGCCUUGGCGCAGGUUACUGCCCAAGCUGCACUAGCCCAAUCUCGUAUGCACAUGCAAGCUGAAUAUCAACCUUCGUCAGUAGGAGCUCCCACAGAGCCACAGGCAUAUCAUUCAUCCAUAAUGCCCAAUGAAGCAUCUCAACAGCAGACAUUACCUUCAACAUCUGACCAUAGAAGUUCCACGAGGCAAUCAUCAGAGGCCUCUCAUUCUGAUAGGAAAUACCAACCUUCAUCUGUGGCCACUGAUAGGCCUGCAGAUGAUAGCUACAACUGGCGGAAAUAUGGGCAGAAGCAGGUUAAGGGCAGUGAGUAUCCUCGAAGUUACUACAAAUGCACACAUCUGAAUUGCCCUGUCAAAAAGAAAGUGGAGCGUUCUCCUAAUGGCGAAAUAACUGAGAUUAUAUACAAAGGGCAGCAUAACCAUGAAGCCCCUCAACCUAAACGUGGAAAAGAUGGUGGUGAUCUGAACGGACACUUGCAUUCGCAGCCUAGGCCUGAAAAUGGAUUGCAAAGAUUGGUUGGAGAUUCAAACGGGUCUAGUGAAAAUAUAGCUUCUCACUCAAUGCUUGAGAGGCAUCAAGAAUCUACUCAAGCUGCUCCUGGACAGUUACCAGGGGCAAGUGACAGUGAAGAGCUACGCGAUGGGGAAAUUAGAGAAGAGGGGGAUGCUGAUGAACCAAAUCCAAAGAGAAGGAACAUAGAUGUUGGGGCAUCUGAGGUAGCUUUGUCACACAAGACAGUGACAGAACCAAAAAUCAUUGUGCAAACAAGAAGUGAAGUCGAUCUUCUAGAUGAUGGCUACAGGUGGCGCAAGUAUGGACAGAAGGUGGUCAAAGGGAAUCCUCAUCCAAGAAGCUAUUACAAAUGCACUUUUGCGGGGUGCAAUGUCCGUAAGCAUGUUGAGAGAGCUUCCACUGACCCCAAGGCUGUCAUCACUACAUACGAGGGGAAACAUAACCAUGAUGUUCCAGCAGCUAGAAACAGCAGCCACAACACAGCCAAUAACAAUGCAUCACAGUUAAAACCACUGGCGGUUGUGGCAGAGAAGCAUCCCCUUCUUAAAGGGAGAGAAUUCGGAAACAAUGACCAGAGACCAGUACUUCUACAGCUAAAAGAAGAGCAAAUCUUUGUGUAA